AUGUCGACCCCUAGUUCAGCCCGCCGUCGCGGCCGCCCAGCUAGAAACUCCGCAGCUUCAACUCCUACCCACGCCAGCGCCUCCAAUCCUCAACCCCAAAGCAGCCCUCCAUCUGUAGCAAACGGAGGCCAUCAACUACAGAAUAACUUGCAAAGUUCCCCACGGACAUCGAGACGGUUGAGAGAGGCCAAUGUUCCCGUUUCAUCCCCUUUAUUCUUUCGAUCAUCCUCCCCUCCGCAGCCGCAAGGUCACUCCCUUUCUUCAGAUGCAAGAAUGGGACCCAGCUCCCCGAUUGGAGAGGCACCAAAUGCUGGAGAUGGGGACAGAACACCCAGAGCAAAUGCUCGUCCAAUUGUUGGAGACUCUUCUCCAAUUCGCUACAUGUCCAGCUCAAGCCCAACUCGUGCAAACAACCACCAGAGUCGCACGGCUGAUAUCCAUAGUAGUAGUAGUAGUGGUGGCAUAUUUGUCCGGUCUUCCCAAUCCAUCCGAUCAACAGGAGUCCCCAACGUAUCCACAAGAAGAGGUGCUAUUCACUCCGAUGCAUUUGCCUCCUCCUCAGGCCACCGCAGACAAGUAUUCGUCGAUGAGAAUGGCAUACCAGUUCGCGAGGGAGAACCUCAUUCCGAUGCUACAUUUUCAAAUAUACAGCCAGAUACUUCCGAAGCGGACGCCCUGGGUGGAAGCUCUACGCGUAUCAUUUGGGGUACCAAUAUCUCCAUCCAGGACUCAAUGGCCGCGUUCAAGAAUUUCCUAUACAACUACGCUAAGAAAUAUCGCAUGUGGGCUGACGGCGCUUCUGAGGAAGAAACCCGCGCCAUGGGUGCGGCGGCUGAAGAAAAGGAAUACAUCAAGAUGUUGAACGACAUGCGUCAGUUGGGCGUAACGGGAUUGAAUCUUGAUAUUCGCAAUCUGAAGGCUUACCCGUCUACGCUCAAGCUCUGGCAUCAGGUCCAAGCAUACCCGCAGGAAAUCAUUCCUAUUAUGGAUCAAACUGUGAAGGAUGUCAUGAUUGAGCUGGCAUUGAAGGAAAUGGAAGCUCUUAGAGCACACGCUAGUCAAAGACGCCAACCCAGAGCAAGAGACAGCAGUUCAGUUCCCCCUGCUCCCAGCUCUGAAAUUGGAAAUGGGAUGGCACAGGUUCAACAGUCUGAAGUGCCGAAUUUGCUGGCGGAUGUAGAAAGCAAGACUUACAAGGUGUUACCCUUUGGGAUGCCUAAAACAGUCAACAUGAGAGACUUGGAUCCUGCAGACAUGGAUAAACUCAUUAGUAUCAAGGGUCUCGUUAUUCGAGCAACCCCUGUCAUUCCAGAUAUGAAGGAAGCAUUUUUCCGUUGCGAGGCUUGUCACUUCAGCGUUGCUGUCGAUAUCGACCGCGGCAAGAUUGCGGAACCUACCAAAUGUCCACGGGAAAUUUGCGGGAUGCCCAACUCCAUGCAACUCAUCCACAACCGGUCGACCUUUGCUGAUAAGCAGGUCAUUAAACUCCAGGAAACACCCGACUCAAUCCCUGACGGACAAACACCUCACUCGGUCUCGCUCUGUGCCUAUGACGAACUGGUAGACGUUUGCAAGGCUGGUGAUAGAGUUGUGGUUACUGGUAUUUUCCGCUGCAAUCCUGUUCGGGUUAAUCCACGCCAACGCACCACCAAAUCUCUAUUCAAGACCUAUGUGGAUGUGCUCCAUGUGCAAAAAACUGACCGCAAGAAACUUGGUGUUGAUGUCAUGACCGUGGAGCAAGAGCUUUCCGAGCAGAUUGCCGGAGACGUGGAGCUGGUUAGGAAAGUCACAGCGGAAGAAGAGGCAAAAAUCAAAGAAACUGCUCGGAGACCUGAUAUCUACGAGCUUCUUUCACGGUCUCUAGCACCGAGCAUUUAUGAGAUGGAGGACGUGAAAAAGGGAAUUCUGCUGCAGCUGUUUGGCGGGACAAAUAAGACCUUUGAAAAGGGUGGCAACCCGCGAUACCGUGGUGACAUCAAUGUUCUUCUCUGUGGAGAUCCCUCGACGUCGAAAUCUCAACUGCUACAGUAUGUGCAUAAGAUCGCACCACGGGGUGUGUAUACGAGCGGCAAAGGCUCGUCUGCUGUCGGUCUCACAGCAUACGUGACCCGUGAUCCCGACUCGAGACAACUAGUCCUCGAGUCCGGCGCCCUCGUCCUCUCCGACGGGGGUGUCUGUUGCAUCGACGAAUUUGACAAGAUGAACGAUUCAACUCGUUCCGUUCUGCAUGAAGUGAUGGAACAGCAGACCGUCUCCAUUGCCAAAGCGGGAAUCAUCACGACACUGAAUGCGCGCACGAGCAUCCUGGCUUCGGCCAACCCUAUUGGAAGCAAAUAUAACCCCAACCUCCCCGUGCCACAGAACAUCGACCUGCCCCCGACAUUGCUCUCUCGGUUUGAUUUAGUAUACCUUGUUCUGGACCGGAUUGACGAGCAGAACGACCGUCGACUGGCCAAGCAUUUAGUAGGCAUGUAUCUUGAAGAUGCCCCAGAAAGCGGUAGUAGUGAAGAGAUUCUUGUCACCCAUCGAAUUCCUAACAGCCUACAUAACAUACGCAAAACAAACAUAAACCCAACCCUAACCCGGGAAGCCAGCACAGCCCUCGUAAACGCCUACGUCGCCAUGCGCAAACUCGGCGACGACAUCCGGUCCGCUGACAGACGCAUAACAGCCACAACCCGGCAGCUCGAAUCCAUGAUCCGCCUCGCAGAAGCACACGCGCGCAUGCGCCUAUCCAGCGAAGUCCACGCCAGCGACGUCGAGGAAGCUGUUCGCCUGAUCCGAUCCGCGCUCAAGCAGGCAGCCACGGAUGCGCGGACGGGGCUGAUUGAUAUGAGCCUGUUGACGGAGGGGACAAGUGCGAGUGAGAGGAGGCUCCGGGAGGAUUUGAAGAGGGAGGUGCUGAGGGUUGUGGAGGAGUUGGGUGGGGGGAGCGGGGGAGUGGGGGUGAGGUGGUCGGAGGUAUUGAGGAGAGUGGGGGAGGGGAGUAGUAUGGAGGUUGAUGGGAUGGCGUUUGCGGGGGCGGUGAAGGGGUUGGAGGGCGAGGGGAAGCUAACAAACCGCGCCCCCCGCGGCGUCCCUUCUGCUCUCAACCACAGAUUCGGCCACCAACUGCGCUCCUCCCUCAUAAAGGAAUACUACUGGCACUACAUAGCCUACGACGACCUCAAAGCCGCCCUCAAAACCCCCUUCGAGACCCUCCCGACCCCGGAAAAUCCAAAGCCUAAACGCAGGCCAUGGACGGAGGAGGACGAAAGGCGCUUCGUCUCCCUGCUCGAGAGCGAGCUGGAUAAAGUGUUCACCUUCCAGAAGUUGAAGAGCGAUGAGAUUGUCACGCGGAUCAUGCAGAGUGAGAAGGAGGUUUAUGCGGUGGUGGCUACGUUGGGAGCUGGUGCUGGUGCUGGUGCUGGUGCUGGUGCUGGUGCUGGUGCUGGUGCUGGUGCUGGUGCUGGUGCUGGUGCUGCUGGAGGUGGUAACACUGAGCGACCAACUGAUGAGGAUUUUCAAUUGCUCGAAGAGGAUCUCAGCGAUAUUAUUGCCGAUGUGCAUGAUUUGGCAAAGUAUGUCCAGCUGAAUUAUACAGGGUUUCAGAAGAUUAUCAAGAAACAUGAUAAACAAACACAAUGGCACCUCAAACCUGUAUUUGCAGCACGAUUAAAUGCGAAGCCCUUCUUUAAGGACAAUUACGAUGCGUUCGUAGUCAAGCUAUCCAAACUCUAUGAUCUGGUCAGGAACAAAGGCCACCCUGUCAGCGGGGACAGUUCUGCGGGCGGUUCGCAGCAGAAUUUCGUGCGCGAGACGACCAAGUACUGGGUGCACCCGGAUAACAUUACAGAAUUGAAACUUAUUAUACUGAAGCAUCUCCCUGUUUUGGUUUUUAAUCCUAGAAAAGAGUUUGAUGAACAAGACGCUGCCAUUUCAUCCAUAUAUUACGACAACCCCCAGACUUGGGAGCUGUAUACAGGACGACUCAAAAAGACUGAAGGUGCAGAAGCUAUUCGAUUGCGAUGGUACGGUGGGAUGGAGAACGACCAGAUUUUUGUGGAGAGGAAGACCCACCGAGAGGACUGGACGGGGGAGAAGUCCGUAAAAGCUAGAUUCCCAAUUAAAGAGAAAUAUGUCAACGCGUUCAUGUCCGGGCGAAUGACCGUUGAAAAGGUUUUUGAGAAGGCUAGGAAGGAUGGGAAGAAAAGUGAGCAGCAAAUAGCUGAUUGGGAACAGCUUGCGAGGGAGAUACAAUAUCGUGUCAUCACGCGAAAACUGGAGCCGGUUACGAGGACUUUUUAUCACAGAACUGCAUUUCAGCUUCCUGGAGAUGCUCGAGUACGCAUAUCGUUGGAUACGGAGCUGACUAUGAUUCGAGAGGACAAUCUGGAUGGUCGCAGGCGGUCUGGCGAUAACUGGCGGCGAAUGGAUAUCGGGAUCGACUAUCCCUUUCGCCAAUUACCAGCAGAAGAUGUCGAGAGAUUCGCCUAUGCGGUUUUGGAAGUGAAACUACAAACGCAGGCGGGACAGGAGCCUCCAAAAUGGAUUAGGGAGUUGACAGCGAGCCACCUGGUUGAGGCUGUCCCCAAAUUCAGCAAAUUCAUUCAUGGAACCGCAAAUCUAUUCCCGGAUUACAUCAACCUUCUCCCCUUCUGGAUGCCACAAAUGGACGUGGAUAUACGCAAGCCGGUCACGCGCGGUUUCGGAAUCGAACGACCAACCCAAACCAGCCAGACGACAAGUGAGGGCCCGCUUGACGAUGACGAGUCCGAUGACGAAGCAGAUAAUGAAACCCCAGAGCACGAUCAACAAAACCUAGAGCCCUUGACUAACGGAAUUCGUCAAAACGGCCACCUUCCCCAUCACGACGACAACUACAACAACGACAACGACAACGCCAGGAUAAACCAUUACGACCCUUCCCAGGAUCCCAGCAUCCCUGAAGCCACUGGAAAUGCCCUCGACAUCGAAGAACGCAUCGCUACCCAACAAAGAAUGAUAGGAGGCGACGACUACCCAAUAUACGACUCCGAAGACGAAUCGAACGACCAAGACGACCUCGAGGAGGCCAGGAGAGUUGGCGGCCUGCACUACAAGGUUAAGUUGGCGAAACACUACACGCGUGCAGCGGGGCGGUCAGCUUUGAAUGCGUUGAAGUCUGUUGCGCCCAUGCCAAGGCCUGCAGCUAUUCCGAAUGACGGUGGGACCGGGAGGGGGAGGAUAAUUCCGGCGGACCAGGCGCAGAUUAAAUGUUUUAAGGCACCGAAGGGGAAACGAAUCCACGUCCCCGUCCGCGUCGAGCCAAAAGUCUACUUCGCCGCCGAACGCACAUUUCUCUCCUGGCUCGAAUUCUCCAUCAUCCUCGGCUCCAUCGCGGCCGCCCUGCUAAACUUCAGCACCGACACAGUCACCCUAGCCAGCUCGUGGGCCUUCACAAUUCUGGCGUGUUUGUCACUUGUGUAUAGCUUUUUGCUGUAUAUGUGGCGCGUUGAUAUUAUUCGGAAGAGGAGGGAUGUUAGGCGUGUUUAUCAUGAGAAGUGGGGGCCGACAGUGCUUUGUGUUGGGUUGUUUGUGGCUGUUUGUGUGAAUUUUGGGUUGAGGGCUCGGGAGGGGUGGGCCGAGUAA